AUACAAAUAUAAAAGAACAGCCAGAAGCGCUCAACACUGAAGCAGGUGCCUUACAAGUCAACUUUCCAAAAAGAAAGGUUGGAUGUCGAAUUGAAGAAGAAAAACUGUCACAAAGGAAAGAGCAGCUAUGGAUGACAGUCUCUCGUAUACUGUCGAUUAUGAGAAUUACACUGAAGACGACUCCACUUUCAUAUACGACCAGGAGCCUUGUAACCUGAAAUGGAACCACGAGCACGAGGUGGUCAUCCAAACUUACAUCUACUCUCUGAUUUGUGUUCUCGGCCUGGUGGGCAACGUCUUGGUCCUCGUCACGUACGCUUUGUACAAGAAAGCCAAGACCAUGACAGACAUCUACCUGGUUAACGUGGCGAUGGCCGAUCUUCUCUUCGUCGUCGCCCUGCCGUUGAUCAUCUAUAACGAAAGGCACGACUGGUAUAUGGGAACGUGGGCUUGCAAACUACUGUCCGGUUCUUACAGCAUCAAUCUGUACAGCAGCACGCUUCUGUUGGCCUGCAUCAGCGGCGACCGCUACGUAGCCAUCGUCCAGGCCAGAAGAUCGGUGCGGAUUCGAUCGCGAGUUAACGUGUACAGUCGUCUCAUCUGCUCGGUAACAUGGCUGCUCGCCGUCUUCCUGUCGGUGCCGACCUUCGUGUAUUACGAGCGGGUCGAGGAGACGGACGGCAAUGAAUGCAUGCCUUUGUAUCAGUUACAUGACACGGCCAAAGUGAUGAAGGUCCUGAUUCCCGGCACUCAGAUGGUGGUCGGGUUCUUGGUGCCACUUUUGGUCAUGAUGUUCUGCUACUCGUGCAUCAUAGGAUCUCUUCUCAAAGCCAAGAACUUUCGGAAGCACAAGGCGGUGCGCGUGGUCCUCGUCGUGGUCUUGGUGUUCGUGCUCUGCCAUCUGCCUUACAACGUGGCUCUUCUCAUUCACACCAUGAAACUUUUCAAAAGCAGAACUUGUAAAGACGAGCAGAUGAUCUUGACGACAAUGUCCGUCAGCAGGAACGUGGCUUACCUUCACUGCUGCUUGAAUCCCAUUCUCUACGCCUUCAUCGGGGUGAAAUUCAGGAGUCAUUUUUAUCAGAUCCUUCAGGACGUGAGGUGUUUGGGAAAGAGGUACAUCUACUCCGGCCGUUCCUCUCAGCAGACAUCUGAUCUGUACUUAUCAGCUAACAAAACUGUGGUCGGGGGCAGUCUUGAAAACCCAUCGUCUUUUACAAUGUGAGCGAUGUGUUUGCAGUAUAUUUUUCCUUUAGAUAGCGAUGAUGUAGGUUUGUUUGUUUGGUUUGGCUUUGUACUGUAUAUAACAUUUUAUGAUUUUUUAUUGUAAACAAUGCGACUGCUUGUUAAUGUAAUCGGCCAGUUGAUGUGACACUGUAUUGAAGGCAUUGAUCUUGUU